UGCGUCAGUUAUGCUUUUAUUUUGAAGGCUGUAGCCGAAGUAUAUUAAAAGGGUAUCAAAACUAUCUUGUUGUACAGCACGCGUUGCGUAGAGAGCUGGUGCUGGUAUGCUGUCGACUCCGCAGAUCUGAGUGGAAUCAGGAGGAAUCAGGAAUCAGCAGAGAGAUGUGGUGGGUCCUGUGGGUGCUCGCCGCCUUGCUGGUUCUCUUCUGCAGUCUGGAUGUGUGGUACUUCCUCCGGGUAGCUGCUGUGAUUCUCCGGGCUUGGUUCCAGCCUCCAAUCUGGGAUGUCACAGCAGAGCAGAUCCAAACAGGCCGGGUCACUCCCCAUGACAUUGACAUGUGCCACAUGAACAAUGCUCGUUACCUCCGGGAGUGUGACUUUGCCCGCUUCUCUCUCUACAUACGUAAUGGUGUGUUCAAGGCGUUGCGAGCACUCAAAGCUUCAAUGGUAGUGGGGGCCACCACCAUCCGUUACCGCAGGGCUCUGUGUAUAGGUGAGGGGUACGAGCUGCGGAGUCGUAUCGUCACUUGGGAUGACAAAGCCUUUUUCCUGGAGCAGAGAUUUGUGUCAACAAAAGAUGGGUUGGUGUGUGCUGUCAUGUACUGCAAGCAGAGCAUCAUACGCAGCAGCCCAGACAAGAUCAUGCAGCACCUGUGUAAGCGGAAGGUUGAGUGCCCUGAGUUUCCAGAGGACCUUCAGCACUGGGUCAACUUCAUCUCGGCCAGCAGCCAGGCCCUCCGAGCCGAGAGUGGACUAGACGAGAAGAACAAAUAAGACAUUGCAUGGGCAGCUUUAAGACUGGCUUUUUGUAAGACCAUCUCAGGAUUAAAAAGGCAUUGGUUUUCUGUUCACAUUACUUGACUUAAACACAGUCGUGCCUACGCAUCUGAAAUGAGCGUUACUUAGACCCCAAUACUUACCUAUGUCAACACUGGAAGAACUAGCACAGCAGGCUAAAAAACCAAUUACUCUUCAGUAAUAAUAAAGUAAUAUGAUUGUACAAAGUCUAUCUUCGUGUACUAUGGCAGCAAUAAAAACAAACUGAUUUUGAA